AUGCCCGUCAGCGAUCUUCGCUUGCUCACGGCCUCGACGGCGGCGGCGUGCGCGGCCUCUGACUGCAUCGCCGCGUACCUGUCGCUCUCCGACCGCGUGUUCCGCAAGACACGGCACCGGGUGACGGUCAAGGGCAAGGUGCAAGGCCGCUUCGACGCGGAGGAGCCGCGGGCGGUGAAGGAGGUCGUCAGCUUGCCCGAGGAUGUACUGCUCAAGGACGCGCAUGAAGUUGGUUGCAAGGUCUUUGUGUGCGCGACGAGCAAGGAGACCAGCGAGAUGGUCUGCCUCACGAGCUACAGGACGCUACGCGGCAACAGCGACCUCCUCAACAGCGUGACGAUAUGGGAAGCGUGCCGAGCCAUCUCGGCGGCCAAGUCCUUCUUCAAUCCAAUCGCGGUGAGCAGGUUUGGCGACAAGUUUGUGUACGAGGCGACAGGCGCGAACAACCCAGUGCGGGAGAUGUGGGACCAGGCGCAGCUAGUGUGGGGACCAGAGCCGCUUGAGGGCAAGGUGAUAUGCCUGGUGUCAAUCGGGACGGGGGUCUCGUCGCUCAAGCCGUUCAAGAAUGACGGUUUGCACAUCGACGAGACGCUGGUGGCAAUCGCGACACAGACAGAGCAGACAGCAGAGAGGUUUUGGCGUGAGCGGCUGCUGCUAGACAGCACAGGGCGGUACUACCGGUUCAACGUGGAUCGUGGGCUAGAGGACAUUGGGCUAGAAGUGGCGAAGAAGGUCAAGGAGAUGGCGGCAGCCACACGACGGUAUAUCGGAACGCAGGAGGUGUACAAGCAGAUCCAGGCAUGUGCCGGCAACAUCGCGGAGAGAGCAUGUUACCAACACGAUGUUUGCAGCCUGCAUAGCUAG